GGAAUAAUGACAAUUCUGUUAUAUAAAUAUUUUCACACUGAAAACGUUUUUAUUUCUUCUAGCUAUAAUUUUAAGACAUUGUUUACAUAUCAUACAUCCGCAACGAUGAUGUGGUCAGCUAUGAUUUUGAUACUUUGUGUAAUUCAUUCACAUUCAACAACCAAUCCACCAUGUCCGAGAAUAAAACAGACAGGGAAAUGCCUUGGUUUGCCGAAAACAGAUCAAUGUCAGACAGAUAGCGAAUGUGGACACGAUUCGAUGUGCUGCCCAAAAGAAUGUGGCAAAGAAUGUACAGUAAAGCGCAAAUGGGGAUUAUGUCCCACUUUUACGGACAAGCCAGCGAGUGUUUGUGCGCAAGUACGCCUUGGUUUUCAGUGUGGAGGAAAUGAUGCAGACUGCGCAGGAACUAAGAAAUGCUGUCCAAAUAUGUGUGGAUCUCGACAGUGUAAAGAACCCGCAACGAAACCUCGACCAGAGUGUUCAUCUAGAUUUUCUCAAACCAAGGCCGCAGCCUGUCACUUUCACGAAUGUAGUCACGAUAAGGAAUGUACCAAAGGUAAAAUAUGUUGUGAUGUUACUUGUGGAAUAGGAUGUACAGAACCAAAUGUGAGUUGAAAUAAG